CUGAGUGUGACCAACCAACCAACCAACCGACCAACCAAACAACCAACCAACAUACUAGUGUUCUAUUCCGAUUCUUUGAGGUUACGGAAAGUGGCGAGUGCUCACUUGCGCUCCGCACACCAACAAGCUCCAUCCCAGCGCGUGCAACCUUUCGUCUCCAUGGAAGCGAUAAUGGCGUCUCUUCCGUAUUGCGCUUGUUGUGGUCAGAUUUUUUCAGUAAUGAAGCGAUGCGUUCAGUGUCAGGAAGUUUUCUACUGUUCUCGGGGCUGCCAAGUUAAAGACUGGGGAGCUCACAAGUCUAUGUGCUUGAGGAGGAUUGAUUCCAGUGGCCAUGACCAAAAAAGUAUCUUUACAAGUGAAAGUGGCAAAACCAAUAGUAGUGCCUCUGACUCAACUGAUGGAUCACCGCACCUGGCAGAUGGAAAGACAGUACGUGUUGACUUCCACUCAGCUGUUGACAGACUGAUGGCAUCCCGAGGGCAGUCUUCCCCCAGCAGCAACAACAGCGGUUUGUCUUACCUCCACAACAAUCAACAUCAUCAUGACACACCAGUGUUUCAUGAAGAAAAAGCUUACUGUGACGUUUAUGUAAAAUCAAACAAACAGAAGCACAAGUUAAAGAUUCUGGACGAUUGGACAGGACAAGAAAUACUCAAACUAUUUGGGUGUCAUGUAUGUAUUCCUUUAGAAAAAAUGAAAGUGGUUCACAAGGGUAGAUUAAUGACAGGAGAGUUAAUCAGAGAGUGUGUAAAACCAAAGGCAGUGUUUCAGGUUUUUGGUGAGAAAUCCGCAGAUGAAACAGGACUUGACAGGAGAGAUAUUUCCAUCAUGAUGGCUCAAAUGAACAUUGACAGAAAUAGUGCAGUGCAAGCCCUACAGAAGAAAAAUGACCUGAUUGAUGCAAUCUUUGAGGUUUCUAACAAGAUUUGAAAAGUUAAAAACAAUUUAUGGACAGUUAUGGGACAAUGUUAUGAAGACAUUCACCGCAGACAUCCAGCGUAUUUGUUUUUGUUGUUUUAUUUCAUGUUUGAGUUUUGUGGAAACAAAUAUUGAUCAACCUCAAAGUAUGUUUCUAAUUUUAUGCUAAACAAAAUAAUAAUUAUUAAAUUAAUUAAAUAUGACUAAUAUGAAU